UCUUGUUCUUCAACUAUUAUUUGAAGACAAAGUAACAUUCCAACAUAGAGUAGUACUAGUUGUAAGCUAAAGCAAUAUUUGUGUCUUCCGAGGAUCUUACUUGAAACUUCGAGAAUAAAGAAUGAAAACCGACUUCCAUCCCGAGUCAUUCAAGCAUUACAACUUACCCAAGUUUUAGCCUGUUCGCCUUGGUCACAUCACAAAGACUCGUUCACUCUCAAGUCUUUCGCAAUCGUAUGUUACCAACUAGUCGGUAUACAAGGUCAACUCAUAGCUGUUCGGUUCAAUCGACUGACUGGUUGGAAUGCAUCUUACGUUGCUCCGAGGACAACAACUGUGUUUCAUACCAUUUUGAUAUGGUGAAAGGAAUAUGUGGAUUGAAUUCGUUUGGACUGUCGGCGAGCUUUAGCAGCUGUGAUAGUGAACGACUGGUUUAUAGUGAAGGAGUUGUCUUCCAACAACUGAGGAAAGAGAAGAAUCAAGUGCAGUGUUUAUCCGAGAAGACAUGUGCGCCCGAACUAAAUCAAGCUGGGGGUGAAUCUUGCAAAGCUCAGGUACUUCGAACCUCGUGUAAGGAGAUCAGGGACAAAGGCGAAUCACAUGGCGAUGGUGAAUAUACAAUCAAAACUCCUGAAUCCACAGAGAUCCUGGUUUAUUGUGAUAUGACUACUGACGGCGGUGGAUGGACGCUGGUCAAGAAGACCGUUCUGACCAGCAAAACACCUAACACCUUAAUCGUUUUGUCAACAAAUUGGCGAAGUAUUUCACAGUAUGACGAUCCUAAACUGGUUAUCCAGCCUGCAGCAUUAAAAGAGCUAAGAAAUCGUCUGGGCUUCAAUCAAAUGCGGUGGUUUUGUUAUAAGAAAUCGGUUAAUAGGAAAGUUCACAUCAUGACAAAGGCGACCGCCUCAGGAGAAAGUGUUAUCAGAUAUUUUUCCGAGUCACCACCAGUGCCAGCAAAGGCUUGCAUAUCUUUCCAACUCCUACCCGACGACACAUCCGAGCUUGCAAGAAACUGUGACGGAUGGGGUGGCCCAGACAAUUUUGACGAAUGGGGAAGGCGUGACCGGAGUGGCGAGACGAGGGUGCAAUAUGAUGUAAUAAGAUGGCAGAAGAAUGGGAUUUCAGUGAAUCAUUUUAGUAUGUAUCCUGGUCAAUACUUAUGUGAUGAUGGUGCACUUAGUAUAACAUCUGUCAACGAUACAUGGGCUUACUAUGUCAGAUAAUACAACAAUAUGUGAUGAUUAUGCACUACAUCUAUCAAAGUACAUGGGCUUAUUAUGUCAGAUAAUACAACAAUACGUGAUGGUUAUGCACUUAGAAUAACAUCUAUCAAAGUACAUGGGCUUAUUAUGUCAGAUAAUACAACAAUAUGUGAUGGUUAUGCACUCAGAAUACAGUAAAACCCGCGUAUAAGAACCUAGGUUUUUUCAAGUUAGCCUAAACAGGUUUUUAUAUAAAUGGUAUUUAGUGUUAAAUUAGGCUAACUAGGUUCUUAAUUAGGUUMUUAACUUUUGUUCAAGAAAUGAAAUAAAGUUUCAUUUUAAGUUGGAUUUUUUUAUUCAAUGAGGACAUGUUCUUUACGGUAACCAUGUACAGUUAUAGUGUUUAUAACAU